AAUUUAGAGAAGACCUCGAUCGCCAGAAUUAUGUAUGUUGGCCGUUUGGACUGUUCGGACUGGACACAACUCACAGGACAGAACACAAGCUCCGUGGUUAGACAGUUCGAACAUUAGCUGACGUCACACUGCUCAUACCGUAUGCUUCGAACCCAUGGAAAAUCCUAGCAUAAAUGACACUGUGGAAAAGCAAUCUGUUCCACCAGGAUUUGUAUCACUUACAUCCUUUACGCUUAAAAGAUUAAGGGAUAAUCAAGACUCUUAUAGUCCUAAACAUGAUGGGAUUGAACACCAUCAGAAAACCACAUCAACUGGCACUGCCUCAGAUAUCAUAGAAACCCCAAAGUACAAAAAAAAUCCUGGGGCUAGACCAUGGAUACUUUACAAUCAACCUAGUCAUGAUGUUGAAGAAUUUGAAUCAGAACAAAUUCCGACGAACCAUGAGUCUAAUCCUUCUCUGCCCAAAGGGGUACUACGUUGUGGGGAUUGCUUGAAGGUCACUGCUAGUUGGCUGCCAGAAGCAGCACGGAUACCUGUACUUAAGGAGGCUUCUGUCUUUCGUCCAACUGAAGAGGAGUUUAAAGAUACACUUAAGUAUGUAGCUAAGAUACGUCCUAAAGCUGAGAUAUAUGGGAUCUGCCGCAUUGUUCCUCCCCCAUCAUGGAAACCACCAGAACUUCUCAAAGCAAAGAAAAAAUGGGUAACUGAAAAAUUCAGCACCUAUAUUCAAGAAGUUGAUGAACUUAAGGAUCGUUGUUCCAAGAGUAGACUUCAGAAAAUUUCUUCUGACCUGAAAAGUAAAACAAGAACAGCUUUGAGGAAGGGUAUGGAAUAUUCUGUUGGCGGAUGUGAUGGAGGCACUGAUGAGUUUGAAUGUUCUGAUGAAGGCUUUGAAUUUGAUCGUGGUCCAAAUUUAACUCUGGAGAAUUUUAAGAGAUAUGCGGAUCAUUUUAAAGAGCAUUACUUUUGCAAGAAACACAAAGCUCCGGAUGUGGAUGCUGAUUUGACUUUGUUACCGGCGGAAUAUACACCUGAAGUGAAGGACAUUGAAGGUGAAUAUUGGCGGAUAAUUGAAAAUCCAACUGCAAAAAUUGAGGUGCUUUGCUGUACUGACUUGGAUAGUAGAACAUUCGGUAGUGGCUUCCCUUUGUCAUCAAACCCCAUCGAGACAAAAAUUCAUCUUAAAUAUAUCGAAUCAGGCUGGAAUUUGAAUAAUACUGCAAAGCUGCCGGGUUCCCUUCUAGCUUUUGAAAAUCAUAACACUUCUGCUACUUUAGUCCCUCGACUACAUUUCGGAAUGUGUUUGUCAUCUCAUUGUUGGAAAGUUGAAGAGCAUCAUUUAUACUCACUAUUGUACAUGCACUUUGGUGCUCCAAAAAUAUGGUACGGAAUACCAGCGAGAUAUUUAUUUAAGUUCGAGGCAGCACUGAAAAGGAAAUAUCCACAUUUAUUGCAAUAUCCUGAAUUACACCAUAAGCUGGCCAUUCAGCUGUCCCUCUCUGAAUUGGAGUCUGAGGGUAUACCUGUCUAUCGCUGCGUGCAGCUACCAAGGGAAUUUUUGCUCAUCUUUCCGGGGGCAUACUAUUCAGGAAUCGAUAGUGGCUUUAAUUGUUCCGAGGCAGUGAACUUUGCUCCCUUUGACUGGUUACCUUAUGGGCAAAAUAUUGUGGAAUUGUACAGUGAAAGGAGUAGGAAGACAUCAGUUUCCCAUGAUAAAUUGUUGCUGUGUUCUGCCAUUAAAGCCGUGAAGGCUCUGUGGAAGCUUACUAUGAAAAAUAAAAAGAACUCGGCACAUAUUUUGCGAUGGACUAGGGUCUGUGGGAAGGAUGGAAUACUUACAAAAGCAUUCAAGUCACGUCUUAGGCAGGAAUGCAGGAGAAGGGAGUAUUUUUGCAAUUCCUCGCCGUUCCAAGAGAUGGAGAAGGAUUUUGACUCCACCAUUAAAAGGGAGUGCAUCAUAUGUCUGUAUGAUUUACACCUCUCUGCUGCAAGUUGUCCAUGCUCGCCAGGAAAGUAUACUUGUUUGCAACAUGCAAAGCAGCUUUGUUCUUGUUCUUGGAGUGAUCGAGUUUUUUAUUGUCGGUAUAAGAUUCAUGACUUGAUCCUUCUUGGUGAUGCUUUGGAAGGAAGAGCAGGUGCAGUUUAUAAAUGGGCUUCAGAAAAUCUGAAAAUGCAUAUUGAUUCCGGUGUUCCAUAUGAUGGCUCACCAAGAGCAUCAGUACUUGACAACUUUGUAAAAGCCAAGCACACAGAACCAAAAGAACACAAUUCAUCUGCAGGACCAGCCUCAGAUAAGCUGAAAGGAGGAGGAAAUAUAACUUCAGGUACAAUAACUUCUAAAAGUGCAAUGAAUGUCACGUCUCCUCUCCAGCAAACAUUACCAUCUACUAUUUCAUUAAACAACUCCGGUGCAGUGCAUGCCUCAAAAACAGUGGAUCCUAAAAUUUCUUCCAAAGGUAAAGAACCGUUCCUUUCUACCUCAGUGGAUAAUCCCCAUGCUGUCAUAGGACUAACAAGUUCGGCACAAACUCCAUUGAGCCAAAUAUUUCGGAACAAACAGGUAGCAGAACAGUCUCCGUCACCUUAUCAGAAUAACGUUAUUGUUCUCAGUGAUGAUGAAGACUAAAGUAUCGAAAAAAUCUUGGUAACCGUUUGUGUUGUAGUUUAUUUUUGAUUAUGACACUGUAAUUAUAGACGGAUCUAGUGGUAUGUAUAUAUCUUCAGAAAUUAUUUUGUCUUCA